AUGACUGCUGUCGAGAAGUCUUCCAACUCAAUCGCCUUAAAUGGCUCUAGUGGUGCCGCUGACGGCUUUCCUACUGAUGGCACUGGCGUGGUAAAGCUUGACCCGUGGCUGUCACCAUUUCAGGAUUCCCUCAAGAGGCGCUAUGCCCGUGCUCAGGAUUGGAUCCAGAAGAUCAACGAGACUGAGGGUGGCCUCGAUAAGUUCUCCAAGGGCACCUCGCUUUUCGGUUUCAACGUCGACGAGAACAACAACAUCGUGUAUAGGGAAUGGGCCCCCAACGCUACACAGGCCUUCUUGAUCGGCGACUUCAACAACUGGGACAGGCACUCCCAUGAGAUGAAGAAGAACAGCUUUGGAGUCUUCGAGAUUACCCUCCCUGCCGCCAAUGGCCAGGCUGCGAUCCCGCACAACUCCAAGGUCAAGAUCUCUUUGCAACUCCCCAACGGCGAACGCAUCGACCGCCUGCCCGCGUGGAUCAAGUAUGUGACACAAGACUUGUCCAUCUCCCCCGCGUACGAAGCCCGAUUCUGGAACCCGCCGGCGUCCGAGAAAUACCAGUUCAAGCAUCCGAGACCACAGAAGCCCCGAAGCGUUCGCGUGUACGAGGCUCAUGUGGGAAUCUCAUCGCCCGAGCUACGGGUUGCGACUUACAAAGAGUUUACGAAGAACAUGUUACCGAGAAUCAAGGAUCUCGGCUACAACGUCAUACAGCUCAUGGCUGUUAUGGAACAUGCCUACUACGCCAGCUUCGGCUACCAAAUCAACAACUUCUUUGCUGCCAGCAGUCGCUAUGGUCCUCCCGAGGACCUCAAGGAGCUGGUUGACACCGCCCACAGCAUGGGUAUCACCGUGCUUCUGGAUGUUGUUCACAGCCAUGCCUCCAAGAACGUCCUGGAUGGUCUGAACGAGUUCGAUGGUACGGACCACCAGUACUUCCACGAGGGGGCUCGCGGUCGUCAUGAGCUGUGGGACAGCAGACUUUUCAACUACGGUCAUCAUGAAGUAAUGAGAUUCUUGCUCAGUAACCUGCGGUUCUGGAUGGACGAGUACCACUUCGACGGCUUCCGUUUUGAUGGUGUCACAAGCAUGUUGUACCUGCAUCAUGGUAUUGGAACCGGCUUUUCUGGAGGCUACCACGAGUACUUCGGCUCUGACGCUGACGAAGAAGCCAUUGCGUACCUCAUGAUCGCCAACGAGUUGCUCCACUCGCUGUACCCAGAGGUUAUCACUAUCGCUGAGGAUGUGUCUGGCAUGCCGGCUCUUUGUCUGCCGCUCUCCCUAGGUGGUCUUGGCUUCGAUUACCGUCUUGCCAUGGCCGUUCCAGAUAUGUGGAUUAAGAUCCUCAAGGAGAAGAAAGACGAAGAAUGGGAUAUCGGCAAUAUCUGCUUCACACUGACAAACCGAAGACAUGGUGAAAAGACUAUCGCAUAUGCGGAAAGUCACGACCAGGCACUUGUGGGUGACAAGACCCUCAUGUUUCAUCUCUGUGAUGCUGAGAUGUACACCAACAUGUCGACCUUGACUCCAUUGACGCCGGUCAUUGACCGAGGCAUGGCCCUUCACAAGAUGAUUCGCCUCCUGACACACGGUCUCGGUGGUGAAGGAUACCUCAAUUUCGAGGGUAAUGAGUUUGGUCAUCCGGAAUGGCUCGACUUUCCCCGCGAGGGCAACCAGAACUCGUUCUGGUACGCGCGUCGUCAGCUUAACCUCACUGAUGAUGACCUGCUUCGCUACAAAUUCCUCAACAACUUUGAUCGGGCCAUGAAUACCACGGAGAAUAAGUUUGGCUGGUUGGCGGCGCCGCAAGCAUACAUCUCGCUCAAGAAUGAGAGUGACAAGGUCAUUGUCUUUGAGAGGGCAGGCGUUGUCUUCAUCUUCAAUUUCCACCCUACCGAAAGCUUUGCCGACUACAGAAUUGGCAUUGAGGUGCCUGGAACGUACAAGGUACUCCUCAACACCGACUCCAAGGACUUUGGAGGCCACGCCCGUGUCGAUGAAGGUACCCGUUUUUCCACUACUCCCAUGGAGUGGAACAACCGAAAGAACUGGGCUCAUGUUUAUAUUCCAAGCCGAUCUGCUCUGGUCCUCGGCUUGGAGUCUCCCGUGUCUCAGCACUCUUAG